AUGCGCCCUGCCUCCAGCGGGUGGCGCUCGAGUCCGACUGAACGGCCGCGGCGGGUGGCGGGCACGCGCCUGGGGCGCGCGCGCCACCCCUCUUGCCUCCACCCAACUCCCCCAUUAGUGCACGAGUUUACCUCUAGAGGUCAUCAGGCAGGAUUUACGACUGGACAACAAAAGCACGUGAUUCGAAGUCGUACCCCAUAUUUGGGUGCCUACGUAGGAGGGAACCAAGUACAUGUCCCAGUCAUUUCCAUAAUUCAUCAUAAAUUGUGCAAGGGUGCUAUAGACGCACAAACGACCGCGAGCCACAAAUCAAGCACACAUAUCAAAAAACAAAUGAGCUCUUAUUUUGUAAACUCAUUUUGCGGUCGCUAUCCAAAUGGCCCGGACUACCAGUUGCAUAAUUAUGGAGAUCAUAGUUCCGUGAGCGAGCAAUUCAGGGACUCGGCGAGCAUGCACUCCGGCAGGUACGGCUACGGCUACAAUGGCAUGGAUCUCAGCGUCGGCCGCUCCGGCUCCGGCCACUUUGGCUCCGGGGAGCGCGCCCGCAGCUACGCGGCCGGCGCCAGCGCGGCGCCUGCCGAGCCCAGGUACAGCCAGCCGGCCACGUCCACGCACUCGCCUCCGCCCGACCCGCUGCCCUGCUCCGCCGUGGCCCCCUCGCCCGGCAGCGACAGCCACCACGGCGGGAAAAACUCCCUGGGCAACUCCAGCGGCGCCUCGGCCAACGCCGGCAGCACCCACAUCAGCAGCAGAGAGGGGGUUGGCACGGCGUCCGGAGCCGAGGAGGACGCCCCCGCCAGCAGCGAGCAGGCGAGCGCGCAGAGCGAGCCGAGCCCGGCGCCGCCCGCCCAACCCCAGAUCUACCCCUGGAUGCGCAAGCUGCACAUAAGUCAUGACAACAUAGGCGGCCCGGAAGGCAAAAGGGCCCGGACGGCCUACACGCGCUACCAGACCCUGGAGCUGGAGAAGGAGUUCCACUUCAACCGCUACCUGACCCGCCGAAGAAGGAUUGAAAUAGCACAUGCUCUUUGCCUCUCCGAGAGACAAAUUAAAAUCUGGUUCCAAAACCGGAGAAUGAAGUGGAAAAAAGAUAAUAAGCUGAAAAGCAUGAGCAUGGCGGCGGCGGGAGGGGCCUUCCGCCCCUGAGUAUUUGAGCGUUUAAAGUACUGAGCAGUAUUAGCGGAUCCCGCGUAGUGUCAGUACUAAGGUGACUUUCUGAAACUCCCUUGUGUUCCUUCUGUGAAGAAGCCCUGUUCUUGUUGCCCUAAUUCAUCUUUUAAUCAUGAGCCUGUUUAUUGCCAUUAUAGCGCCUGUAUAAGUAGAUCUGCUUUCUGUUCAUCUCUUUGUCCUGAAUGGCUUUGUCUUGAAAAAAAAAAUAGAUGUUUUAACUUAUUUAUAUGAAGCAAGCUGUGUUACUUGAAGUAACUAUAACAAAAAAAAAAGAGGAAAAAAAAACACACAAAAAAGUCCCCCUUCAACCUCGUUUAGUGCCAAUGUUGUGUUGCACUCCAGUUGUUUAACUGUGCAUGUGAGUGGAAGUGUUCCUGUCUCAAUAGCUCCAAGCUGUUAAAGAUAUUUUUAUUCAAACUACCUAUAUUCCUUGUGUAAUUAAUGCUGUUGUAGAGGUGACUUGAUGAGACACAACUUAACUUGUUUGACGUGUAGUGACUAGUGACUCUGUGACGAAAACUGUGACUCCAAGCGGUGUGUCCCUGCGUGCCUUUGUAGGACCCUUUGCACGAACUCUGGAAGUGGCUCUUAUAAGCGCAGCUUCAGUGAUGUAUGUUUUUGUGAACAAAGUUACAAAUAUUGUCCGAGUCUGGCUGUUUAAGCAAACUGUGAUCAGCUUUUUUUUUUUUUUUUUUUUGUAUUUGUUUUUAAGGAAAAAAUACUGACUGGAAACAAAAAAAUAAACUUUCUAUUGUAAGUUC